GAUCGUGGUCACAUCUUUAGGCACCGAUCGCUUGAUUUGGCACUAAAAAAAGCGGGCUUCCUCAAACAUAUUUUUCUAGUUUAAUUGCGACUUUAAAACAGUUUUUUGCAAUUGAAUUAACCAUUAUGGACACCCCCAAGGGGAGUGGGUGGUCAACACGGAUUGCCACGCCCCAUUUGUCAGAACGCAAGCGACAAUUGUUUCGUAGUCGCAGUGAUAAACUCAACAAUAUUGAAGAUGAUGACGAUAUUGAAGAUGCCUUGUUGGGCUUAUCGCCAUUAAAGCCACACCGCAGAGAUAUAAGAAAGGUGAAUAAAAAUCUCUUUAUAGGUGGAGAUCAGUUAACCGAGGGCCGCAGAUUACGCAGUAGUUCGAGCAGUUCACCAGAGACCAACAAGGAGAACAACAAGAAAACACAUGGCAAAGGAAAGGCUGCAAUGGCUGGGGGUGGAGGAGAGGCAGCAGAACAGCUGCCACAUUUGUUUACCAAAACAAUGCGUCUCAAUAGCCAAAGUGCCAACAAUAGUCCACGUACCCCAAAGAGCUCGAGACGUCAAAGUGGAGUUGCAGCUAAUGAGAAUAAUGUUGAGGCACAACAAAUGUGUAACUCAUCAUUAUCCUCGCCAAGCAUUUCUUCGGAUUAUGCAAAUCAGCUCAAAGCUAUGGUUAACUGUGAUUCAUCAUCAAUCUCCUCGCCAGAAUCGUCCUAUGGCGUUCCAAGUGCGUCGAAACGCAGAGUUCUAAAGAGGGAACAUAAAUCACCACCAUUGACAUUGGGUAAUCCGAAGAAACUAGUUGAAAUGCAAGCAGAACCUGGAACAUCGUGCAGCAUGAUCUCGCCAACAUCGCCGAAUGGUUCACCACAGAGUAAAAUGCGUAAAACAACUCUGGAGCAAAGUAUACCUACAAUGGCCUUCUAUUCGAAAACAAAAGCACCCAGUUCAAGACGAAAUAUCAUUAUGCGAUCAGGUGGCGGUGGCAGCCUAAGAAAACGUACAUCGAAAAUAAGAACGUCACCGACCUCAUCUCGUCCCCGUUUGGGUAUCAAUCGAGGGGUUAGUCACAAUAUUCGUAAACCAAGCACUCUUCAAGCCCGUCGUCUGCCGCCAAUCCAAUUGGAUUAUAUUCUCAACUCGCUGCGCAAUGAGAAACUCAAGGAAAUCAUCAAUCAAAAGCGAGAGGAACGGGCCAAAAUUGAAGAGGUCUAUCAGAUAUUGCGAUCUGCAAAGGAUCCCAUUAAAAUGGCCAAGCCAUUGAACGUAAUAGAAGAUGAUGCCAACAAUAAUAUGACCAACCCAGACUUCUCCGAUCUGAGUGAAGAUGAGCAGCUACAGCAAGAUGAUGAUGAUGAUAAUGAUUUUGAUAUGAUCGAGUUGGAACCAAUUAUACCCAUAAUAAAGCAUCAGCCAAUGUCAAUCAUCUCAAGUGAACCAUCGUCAGGUGAUCGUGAUCAAUUGGGCAAACGUAAAUUUUUCAAAUCCGGACGUAAGAGUCAAACUCAUAUGGAAGUCCGUAUUACCGAUCAUAUAAGAGCCAGUGUGAAUCAUGGUAAAAUCGAAUUGAUCCGUAAACCUCCAAAGAAGCCGCGUAGAUUGCGGGUCAAGUCAUCAACCAUAUUCUCCGCCGAGCAGGCCACUGUGGAUGCAAUUUUAAAGAAUUUGGAUGAAUCCGUUCUUGAUGAUAUUGUCGAAGCAUCCCCCUCCGCCGAGGAGCCGAUCGUUAGAUCAGCAUCGGUCCCAUUGCCAGAUACAGUAAGCAAUGCUGAGUCAGAGGAGCUUUACGAAAAUCUCGUUUGUGAUUUUCAAGCAAUGGUCGAUCCUUUUGCCUCAUUUCGUCUACGUUUGCCUUACAAUACUCAGGAUCCGGAAUUGAUUGAGCAACAGCAAAUUCUAUUGGAGUUUCUUAUAAGCAAUAAUAUUUGUACUGAAGAAAACUUCAAAAUAUUCAUUGCCGAGCCGGAUACUCAUAAGGUUGAAGCCAAUAGAAUUGUCGACGAGCUUUAUACGAUUAUAAAUGCCGAAGAAGCUCCGCCGGAAGCUCUAACUAUAGCUGAAGUGUCCGUAUCAAAUCCUGUCACUUCGGUGGCUUCCUCGGAAAAACUCUUUCCCAUCUUUAACCAAAAUUUGCAGCCAUUGGUGCAAAGAUCCCAACGUCACAAGGCGCCUUCUGCUUCUGCGGCUGCUGCUGUCUCUAGGCAACGAUUGCUAUCAUCUGCUGCCAUUGGGUCCAAUCAAUAUCAGAUUGAUGCUGGCCAAAAACAAUUCGGGGCUCGUCAAUGUCAACAAUGCGGCUUGGUCUAUACCGUGCAUGAGCCCGAGGAGGAGCAAUUGCAUCGCGAAUAUCAUAAUUCGGUGCAUAUUCUGCGUUUCAAGGGUUGGAUCGAUGAGGAUAUUAUUGCUGCAUGUCCGGAAUGGUCUAGUGAUGGUCGCAUAAUACGUUUAAAUGAACGUGCCCCAGUUGCCCGAUUGCAGAGACUGCGGGAUCUUCUCAAAGUUGUGGACAAAGAAUUGGGCUAUGCCUCAUUCAUUGUGCCCAAGAUAUUUGUGGCAUUUUUCGCUGUACAAAAACAACAAAUUGUGGGCCUUUGCCUGGUGCAGCCCCUCAGUGAGGCCCAUCGAUUCAUACAAAUCGAUGGCAUCGACUAUUGUAGCGAGGAAGUCUUUGAGGCUAGUUGUGGCAUUUCCCGCAUUUGGGUUUCGCCGUUGCAAAGACGUCAGGGCAUUGCCCGUAAACUGAUGCGAGCCGUGCAAUGCCACACGAUAUUGGGCCAGGAGAUUCCAGUGAAUCGCAUUGCCUUUGGCUCGCCAACUGAUGAUGGGAGGGCAUUGGCUCGUUAUAUAACCCAGAAUGAUAACUUUUUAACCUUUGAUCAGUGAUAACCAUAGAUGGACAGCGAGAAAAGGGAGUUAGAUAAAUGGAUAGAGUGGGUAUUUAAUUUAGUUUCUCCGACUAUUGAAUAGUUGGCUAAAAGAAAGAUUAUUUUUUGUUUUGCUUCGAAACCUGUAUUAGUUUUUAAGCUAUGAAUUAUGAGUUUUUAAGUUUAAAUUGUGUGUUCAGUCAUUGAAGGAAAAUAUAUAUAUUUGAUUUGAAA